AAUUAUUUUUAUGAAAAUCACUAAAAAUAUUAUAUAUAUAUAUAUAUAUGAAAAACACUAAAAAUUGUGGUCAAAUUUCUUUAACAAAUCUUCCAUUAAAUUUACCUCUUAAUUAUAUAGUCUACGCGCCCAUGUUUAAAAAUUUCCCAAAAGUGCUUGCUCUCUAAAAGGUAAAAGAAGAUUCUUUCUUAUCUGAACAUUAGGGUUUGAAAUCAUUUCGGACAUCACAAUUCACACAAUCUCAUUUUCUCUCCGACCACAGAUUAUACAGAAAAUUACUUCUUCUCCACCGGCAAAGAUGUUUAACGUCAGCGCUUGUGACAUCCGUGACAAACCCAGCCCCAGCAACAUUGAAAUCAAGAAGCUCGUACUGCUUGAAAGAGAAAAAAAAGUGAGGAAGAUCAAUUCACAAUCCGAAGCUAGUACUUCUUCAUCGGAUAACUCUUCUUUUGUAGCCCUUGUCAAGGCUUCAAAUCUAGAGGAAGAUACUCUGUAUCUUCCACAAGAUUGCACAAGAUCUAAUGGUCUGAAUCGAAAAUGCCGCAAGAUUGUUUUAACAGAUGGAGGGAGUAGAUCAUGGGAAAUGGAACUGAAAUUCAAGAAAAACUUGGGUAGUUUUUACAUAACGAGAGGUUGGAGACAUUUCUGUGACGAAAACGGCAAAAAGGCAGGAAGUUUCUUUGUGUUCGAACUAACGAUAAAGGAGGGAACACCUUUGCUCUAUUUCUCCCCCUCUGAAUCUACUAUCAAUUAUACAAAGCUACCAACCCAGAAGAGAUUUGUGACUGUAAGAGUCGUACCUGAUUGUCUCAAACGUUGUAGACUGUAUCUCUCAAGGCGGUUCUUGAAAAAUAAUGGUUUGGGGGAAACAAAGAUGGUAACACUACUGGGAACAGAUGGUACAAGGAGGUUGGCAAAUCUUGUACGGGAAACCAGUGGACGAAUGAGCUUGGGUAGGGGUUGGGUUGAGUUUGUGAAAGCAAAUGGUUUGAAGAUAGGUCAGUACUUUACACUGGAGUCCAUUUGGGCAAAUGAUAGUCCUAUCCUCAAAUUGUCUAGUACAAAUGAUUCCAAAAGUGAUAAAAGGAAGCAUAGAGAGAACUUUCCAGUAGCUAGCCACAAAGAGUUUGUUUCCACUGAGGCUAGCGAUGGAAACGAACCCGAGAAAGACAUGAACACAGAGGAGAUGAUUAAUCAAUCAUCACUAAUCGAUAACCGAUUUGUGAUAUUAGCACUCGAACCUGAGGAUGCCAAAGCCGGAAUGCUGUAUCUUCCAAGUCACUUCAUGAAAGCUAAUGGCAUCGACAAAAUUGGAAAAAUAUAUAUGUUGGGUACAAAUGAAAUGGAGUGGUGGUGGGGAAAUCUAUUGACAAGAGAUGGAAUCGUAUCUGUAGGAUGUCGUUGGAGAUACUUUUGUAAAUCUAAUGGCGUAAAGAUUGGACAAUAUUUCAAAUUAGAAUAUAUGUAUAAGUAUGACACAAGGCCGGUACUCAAAUUUGUCCCAAGUCCGGGGAGUAAAAGCUAUGUUUAAUUCUUCAGGUCCUACUUUAAAGCCAGUCCUUUUUGGUUGUUAAGUUAAAGGUCUAACUAAUAAAUAAAUAAGUAUCAUCAUGUAUCAUUCAUUUAAUGGAGUCUUUGUUGUUCAGUUAAAGAGGUAUUAUCAAAAUGGCCAUAUUGUUUUUGUAGUCUUCUAUCACAGGCAUAAUGGUGUAUUUCUUUGUUGUGCAAUAUCAAAAACUAACUGUAGAAGAAUAGAAAACUAUAGUUCUCUCUU